AUGGGAGUAACCUUUUCACGCCCUUUGCAGCAGGUGGAAUAUUUGCUACUGGGAGCAGCGAGCGCGUGGGACAGUCUGCUGCGCAAAGCGGAGAGGGGCAUCAAUGUAGUCUUACACGGCGCAUUCGGACCCUUGUUCGGCUUCGAGCGGCCAAGCACGAUCCACCGAGCAUGCGACGCGGAUGGCGUCUGCUACAUUCCCGCUUCUCAAGCUGCCAAAGCUCGAGCGAAACGCGUGCAGAGAGCUCAGGACAAGAUUGCAAAGAGAGCAGCUAGAGCAGAGGCAGCUGCUCGGAAUGCUGGAGCGGAGUUUUGGAAAGUCAAGGAUUUGGCGGAGCAGGGUGCCAAGGAUGCGUGGAAGAGAGCGGGCGAGAAGGCGGAAGAGGACAGGGAGAGGUUGGUCAAAGCUGUGGAACAUGAAAAGGAAAGAGUCAGAGCUUCUAUGGACAUCGAGAAGGAUGCGAUCCACAAGAGGUACGAGGAUGGACGAAAAGUGCUCGUCGAUGGCAUCGUACACGAAAAGCAGCGCGUGGUCGACGGGGUGCACCAUGCUGGUCAACUGGCUCAUGAUCAGGUUCACAACCUCGAGAACGCCGCGCACGAUGUGGUUGCAGGACUGGAGAAGAGAGCGCAUGAUCAGAUGGACAAACUGCUGCAUCGCGAGGAACAAACAAAGGAUCGAGCUGUGCAAGCUCUGGAGCAGCGCAAGGCUGCCAUCACGCAUGCCAUCGAGAAGAAGCAAGUGGACAUGCAGACUGCGAUCGACGAGCGAAAAAAGGAACUCAUCAAGAGAGCGACAGAAGACAAGGAGCGAGUAGUGCAGAUCAUGACGCGCUCGCCCAAGGAAGACUCAACGACGGAUCAGGGCGGUGUGUUUGGGAAAUGGGACAUAGGGGCUGGCGGCCUGGCGGCCGGUUUGUACGCCGGCUUGGCAGGUGUCGCGCAGUACGGUGCCGAAGUCGUGGGAUACGUCGCGCCCAAGGACCUCAACACAAGCCCCGCACGCGACGAAAAUGCCAUCAAACGAUCUCUGGGAGAGGAUGUCAAAGCUCCCAGACCUCGCUCGGCUGAGGAGCGACAGACCGCGGCGGAGAAAAGCAAAGGUCAAUUAUGGGUCAUGGGAAACGUAGCGCCCUCUAGUCCUCCUCAAGCACCGUUGAGACGUAGCAACAGCAACUCCAAACGGCGCUCCAACCAGCCUCAGCCCACCGAGUCAUCCAAGGCAGGCCAGGCAUCCUUGUCGAACAGCGACGAAAAGACCGACCCUAACGAAGCACAUGCGAGUCCUCGCAAGCGUGCAAACGCACCUCGAUUGGAUGCGGUGCGAGAAAGUAUGACGUUCCCGGAUCAAGUUCAGCUGUACAGCCACGAGCGAAGAGGAUCGGGAGCAGACGCGGCUCACUUUACGUAUCAAGUCUUGGCCAAGUCGGGCGACUCCGCACCGGUUCAGCACGUGGUGCCUAGGGAGAGAAAAAGCAGCAAGAACAAAUCCAAAGAUCGAAACGUGGCUAUUGAAAGCUGCCAGUCGCCUGACUCUUCGUCUGCUCCUUCACCGGCUGUGAAUGCUGCUCCCGUUCUAGUAGCUCCCAAGCCUCGCAGAGCGCAAGCAGAAACUGCACCAUUCGUCGAGCCGCGCAAAUCCGCACCUGCAUCUUUGGUCCUCGAUGCCAAUGUUAGCUCGUCGACAGCGGUGGGCGCAGGCAUCGUACGAGGGGCGACUCCUUCCUCGAUAGGAGGCAGAAUGAGCAAAGCGGCUCGAGCUUCGUUUGACUCCAUUCGAGUCGCUCUUCCAGGUUCGCCCGGACCUCUAUCGGAUUCCGAAAGCGCGCUCGGCGGAGCAGGUCCAGCAGCGUCGCCUAACAGUCCUGCUUGGUCCAGAUCCAACAGCCCAGCAUUAGGAGUGUGCGGCAUGGCUGACAAGGCCUGCUUGUCCAGAUUGGAAGCUAGCAAGAAAGAAAGAAAAGCCUGGAAAGAUGAAGUGAACAGGGUAGCUCUUCAACGUUGCCAGGCAAAUUUGCACAAAGCCAGACAAGGCAACGCUCCUCCCUCCUCCUUCACUACUCUUCAUCCUUCUCCAACCCUGACCAGAUUCGAAUCUGCACCAUUGUCGGCAGGUGCAACUCCAACUUUGCAACAUGCUGCUGGACUUAAAAGAACGCAGAGCGCAAAAAGACCUGCUUCGAACGCUCCGAAUGCGAAUCUCCGCACCAACGCCGUCACACUCGGCAAAGCUUCUCGACGUCUCACUGCUCCUGUCCCUCGCACCGAGGCUCCUUCUAUUCGAACUUGAUCCCCACAGCCUUCAGAUUGGCUCUUCUCUUUCCCCCAAUUUCUUCAUCAACUAA